CAACAGGCGUUCGUAUUAAAAAAUAAACUACUGCAAUCGUGUUACAGUCCAACGAACAGAACGCGCGAUUGGGUAGUGGUGUAUGCUAUGAAACUGAUGUUAAUCUUAUCCAAUGCAGGCCCCUGUGUUCCUCGCCUUUGUCACCCUUGUUAAAGGUGGAAACAUCUUUGGCGGUGGUCAGCAGUAUGGUUCCCAAGGCGCAGGUUUUCAAGCCGGCGGUUUUCGAGGACCACUGUACGCUGCGGCUGCUACUCCUGGUGUCUCCGCUGCUGGUGCCUCUUACCCUCCCCAACCGUACAGCUUCGGUUACGACACUGCGGAUGAAUUUGGCACCCAGCUUUUCCACAAGGAACAAGGGGACGCAAGCAACGCAAAGGCUGGUUCGUACGGUUACCGCGACGCAAACGGCCUCUUCCGCACUGUGAAGUACGUGGCCGAUGCCAACGGAUUCCGUGCCACUGUGGACACCAAUGAGCCCGGCACCGCUCCGGGUGCCAGCGCAGACGCCGUAUUCAACGCUAACCCUGUGGCGGCACCUGCCGGAGCGGGUGGUCGCUAUGCUGGAGCGGGUGGUCCGUGGGCUGGCUAGACACGUCACCAGUGGUAUUUGGGCACAUGUCUUAAUAUUGGAACCUUUCUUUGUGCCCGAAGUCAUGUAAAGAUGUUUCCUGGAAUAAAUGAAACAGCCC